AUGUCUUCUCCAAAUACUCGUGCCAAGGGUACCUCUUCUUCACGCUUUCCUGCCUAUCUCACUGGAGAUGGUGUCGACAGUCAUGCGAUAGAGUUUGGUCCUGUACUGAAGAAGAUGGCCAUCUUGUUUAGGGAUGAUGCUGAGGCCUCUCUGUGCUAUCAAAGCUCCACUUCUCUGGCCUCUCAUACCUGGGUCAACAAAAACUUGAGUCACUCUUUUCCUUCAAGCGAAGUGAGGAAUAGUGCGGUGAAAUGGCCUCAUGGAAGGCUUGUUGAUGCUGUUGGUGACUAUCACAGAAGGAAAAAUCAGGAGAAAUUGGCCAAGCCCUUCAUCAUCUUUCCUGCAACCAUCAACCAUAAUUGCUUGUUUUCCAACUAUCUGAAGAAAUUCAGCACUGAGAAAGAUAGAGAUCAGCAACACAUGUUGUUCCUCCUCUAUUGGCUAAACAAAUUCAUCUUUCCCGACAUUUCCUCUACAAUUCUGCUUGAGUACAGACAUCUAGCAGAGGCUCUGCACAAUCACACGGAUGUCUGGUUGCAAGUGUACUUCCCAGAACUGAGGUUUCCAGACAUUGUUCUCCCUGAAGACCAGGUCAUGGCUCAUUUGUUGAUGUCAACAGAGGCAUUGCUCAGGAGGACCUACCCCUGGUUUCAACCUGGAUACAGACUUUUUGAGAAAGAGCCAAAAGAAGAAGAGGAAAGAAUUGAAUUUAGGAAUAAAUUUCUGAGUGUGAUGCUGCCUCGGGACAUGCCAUUUGGUGGAGGCAAACCUCCCGACUAUCAUCUGGGGGCAGAAGUGUAUCAUCCCAAUUUCUGUACUCGGCAACUUGGCUGUCCUCAGCUAAUUCCUCUCAAGCUACAACCGUGCUACCUCUUGGAGGGAUUCAGACGAUUUAGACCUAGGUUCCAAGGUUUUUCUGCCUCGAGCACUGCCCUCAAGGUGAUUUUUGAUGGCUGGGACUCCUGGGCAGUCUAUACAGGGGCAGAGGCCAAGAACUUUAUGGUGCAGAUGAUUAAAGAUAUUAAUGCACAAGUUAUUGAAGGUAUAUUCUCCAUUCAGCCUCUUUCCUUUGACAUUGGAAGCCAGACUGUGCAUUCUGGAGAAGUGAUUGUUAAUUCUGUCAUAGCUACUGGGGAUCUAGAGCUUUCGUUUGGAGAUGAGGAAGAUCAGCAUGAGUCCCUGGUAGAGCAACUAGCUGUUGAGGCCACUCCUUCUACUAGAAGAAAAAGAAAAGAGGUUGCUCCUAUUCACGGCAGUACUAUCCAGCCUGAACCUUCUGGUAAGAUCUUGACAUUUUGCCCUACUCUUUGA